AUUGUCAACGAACGUGAAAACGCAUGGCUGUCCCUACUGAUUUGCCGUAGUCAUAUCACGGAAGUUGUUUUGAAAUUGAUAAGAAAUAGCUAGUUGGCUAGAAGGAAUAACAUUUAUUGUGAAUUAUUCCACCUGUCAAGACGAUGCAGGGCCUGCAGAUAAAACAAUGUGGCCUUUCCUCACUGACUCUUUUGGCCACAUUUCUCCAUUGUAACUGUUUGCCACACAGUACUGGUGGAAAGCCAUUUCCAGAGACCGCUAAAGAAAUUGCCAGCUAUGCAAAUGUAGCCAAGAGCAUCAUAGACUUGGCUGUGUAUGGCAAAGCCCAGAACCGCUCCUAUGAGAGACUGGCAGACUUCACAGAUACAAUAGGGAACCGUGUCAGUGGCUCUAAGAACCUGGACCUGGCUAUCAAGUAUAUGUUCAGUGCCCUGAGGAAGGAUGGGCUGGAGAACGUACAUCUAGAACCAGUGAAGAUCCCACACUGGGUCAGGGGAGAGGAGAGCGCCGUAAUGUUACAGCCCCGGAACCACACCAUGGCCAUCCUUGGACUGGGCAGCAGUGUGGCUACACCCCAAGGAGGCAUUGAAGCAGAGGUGCUGGUGGUGGAGUCUUUUGAGGAGCUGAAAAAAAGGCAGAAGGAAGCCAUUGGGAAGAUCGUGGUGUAUAACCAGCCCUUUGUCAGCUAUGGGGAGACAGUGCAGUACAGGGAGUUUGGGGCAUCCAAGGCAGCUGAAGUAGGAGCUGUGGCUACUCUCAUCCGGUCCAUCACACCCUUCUCCAUCAACAGUCCUCACACAGGCUGGCAGGACUACCAGGAGGGAGUGCAGAAGAUCCCUACCGCCUGUAUCACAGUGGAAGACGCCAUGAUGAUGGCCAGGAUGGCUAAGCGAGGCCAGAGGAUUGUGGUCCGACUCACCAUGAACGCCCAGACCUUCCCUGAUGCUGACUCCUUCAACACUGUGGCUGAGAUCAUCGGCAGCGAGCACCCAGAACAGGUGGUGCUGCUCAGUGGUCAUCUGGACAGCUGGGAUGUGGGCCAGGGGGCCAUGGAUGAUGGUGGUGGAGCGCUCAUCUCCUGGGAGGCCUUGUCUCUGCUUAAAGACCUGGGUCUGCGACCCAGAAGAACCCUCCGGACAGUGCUGUGGUCUGCAGAGGAGCAGGGAGGGGUUGGAGCGCAACAGUACUUCCAGCUUCACAAGGUGAACAUCUCUAACUUUAACCUAGUGAUGGAGUCUGACCAGGGUACCUUCACCCCCCUGGGGCUGCAGUUCACAGGCUCAGUCCAGGCCCAGGCUGUCAUGGCAGAGGUGAUGAAGCUACUGAAGCCCAUCAACACCACCACCCUGGAGGAACACGGAGAGGGAAUUGAUAUAGAGAUGUGGAUGGAUGCCGGCGUGCCAGGAGCCAGCCUGCACGUUGCAGACAGUAGAUACUUCUGGUUCCACCACACCAACGGGGACACCAUGUCUGUUCAGAGCCCCAUAGAAAUGAACCUGUGUUCAGCCCUGUGGGCGGUGGUGGCCUACGUAGUGGCUGACCUGGAGGAGAUGCUGCCCAGGUAGUCCACUAGGACUGUCCUGCAUCCCAAACGGCACCCUAUCCCCUGUAUAGUUUUGGGAGAAGAAUGCACUAUAGGGAAUAUGGUGCCAUAAAAAUGCUUUACUGUUGUUUGUCCUCCAGAAGGGCUUCCUGCAGUAACCUCUCUGUGAAAUUAUACCCCACUCUGGUUAAGUGGCUAAAGAAGAAUUAACAGUGUGUAUAAACCACAAAAUGUACAAAAUGGAAUUAAGUAUUUCUGGCAUAUUAUUUCCAGUCAAUUUCUUUUAUAAUGAACAGAUAUGUACUGCAUGUUUCAUGUUGACUGUCAUUAUGUCUAAUCUGCCAAUAAAGCUGUGCAUUAAUUAGUCCAAGG